GUGCCCGCCUGUCGGCUUGCGGCCCCGCCCCCUCGGGGAGGGACUUAAAGGGCCGGCUCCUUCCACGGCCGCGGGAUGCCCCUGCACUGACCGUCCGGGGCCCGCGCCCGCCGGCGAAGACGCGCCAGCCCUAACCCCGCGCCACCAUGUAAACGGCACUGGCAGGCGCACGCUGGUUCCUCCGCCCGGGACCCCUCCGCCCCGACCCGGGCCCGCGGCCCUCGAUGAGGACACACCAUGCUAACCGGGGUGACGGACGGUAUCUUCUGCUGCCUGCUGGGCGCGCCCCCCAACGCGGUAGCGCCGCUGGAGAGUGUCAAGUCCAGUGAUGGCUACACCUUUGUGGAGGUCAAACCUGGUCGCGUGCUGCAGGUGAAGCACGCUGGACCCGCCCCAGCCCCCACCCCACCUCCGCCAUCGCCACAAGAUGCUGCCCAGGGGGACAGGUCUGGCUUGGUCCACGGCCAGUCCCGGAUCACUGUGUACCGCAACGGGCGGUUACUGGUGGAGAACCUUGGCCGGGCACCCCGAGCUGACCUCCUGCACGGGCAGAACGGCUCCGGAGAGCCGCCGGCCGCCCUGGAGGUGGAGCUGGCUGACCCCGUGGGCAGAGAUGGCCUCUGGGGCCCAGGAAGUGCCAGCAGUGGCAAUGGCAGCAGUGGGAGGCGGCGGCGAGCCCGACGCCCCAAGAGGACCAUCCACAUUGACUGUGAGAAGCACAUCACUAGCUGCAAGGGCGCCCAGGCCGACGUGGUGCUCUUUUUCAUCCAUGGUGUCAGCAGCUCCCUGGCCAUCUGGAAGGAGCAGUUGGACUUCUUUGUGCGCCUAGGCUACGAGGUGGUGGCACCUGACCUGGCAGGCCAGGCUGGGGCGCAGGUGGCCGCAGCCUACACCUUCUAUGCACUAGCUGAGGACAUGCGGGCUAUCUUCAAGCGCUACGCCAAGAAGCGGAACGUGCUCAUUGGUCAUUCCUACGGCGUCUCCUUCUGCACAUUCCUGGCACACGAGUACCCAGACCUGGUGCACAAGGUGAUCAUGAUCAAUGGUGGGGGCCCCACGGCGCUGGAGCCAAGCUUCUGCUCAAUCUUCAACAUGCCCACCUGCGUCCUGCACUGCUUGUCACCCUGCCUGGCCUGGAGCUUCCUCAAGGCCGGCUUUGCCCGCCAAGGGGCCAAGGAGAAGCAGCUGCUUAAGGAGGGCAAGGCGUUCAACGUGUCAUCCUUCGUUCUACGGGCCAUGAUGAGUGGCCAGUACUGGCCCGAGGGUGACGAAGUCUACCACGCCGAGCUCACCGUGCCCGUCCUGCUCGUCCACGGCAUGCACGACAAGUUUGUGCCAGUGGAGGAAGACCAGCGCAGGGCAGAGAUCCUGCUCCUGGCCUUCCUGAAGCUUAUAGAUGAAGGCAGCCACAUGGUGAUGCUGGAAUGCCCGGAGACGGUCAACACCUUGCUCCACGAGUUCCUGCUCUGGGAGCCCGAGCCCGAGCCCGAGCCCGAACCCAGGGCUCUGCCGGAGCCCCUGCCCGCGCCUGCAGAGGAGAAGAAGUAGCCGCCAGGCGGCCGGGGCAUCGCUUGGUGAGCAGAGCCACAGGAAGAUGAGGCCGGGAGGGCACCAGGUCUGCAGCGGGGACCACCUGGGCGGGCCGUUCGCUCCGGUGGGCGGGGCCAGGCCGGGGAGACGCCCCCAGGCCGGCUGGGCAGUGUGCGGCACCUCAGGGAGCCGAGUGGACACUCCGCUCUCUGCUUCUGUCCCGCAAGGCCCAUCGGUGUUUCGGGGCCGCAGCCAGGAUCCCCGCAGAUGACCUUGUACAGAAGUCCCUCUUUCCUCCCUCUCCAGCCAAAGGCACGGGCCGAGGCAGGUCCCCCCACCCCGCUCUGUCAUCCGUGUCAGCCAUGCUUCGUCCUGCGACCCCCGAGCCCCGCAGGGACCCUUGGGGCCCGUCCCAUUGCCCCAGACCCUCCCUAUCCCCCAUUCCUAGGCGCUGGGAGCUAUUGUUGCCCACGGGGGGAGGGGCGGGGGGAGGCGGGGAGGGAUGGGAGGGUUGGCGCCACCAAACUUGCACAUCUCAACUUGUAACUCAAUAAAAAGAAGUGACAAUCGGA